AAAGGCCUGAAAAGAAGAGAAAAUUUUGAUAAAGGAAAAUGACACGGAAAUGAAAAGAAUUAUUUUCAAUAAUUGAUCAUGAUUUUGAAAAUUAUCUGUAAUUUUUAUAUAAGCUUCGAAUUCGAAAGUUUACUUUUCAAGUCGACGCAGAAGAGCAUUAGAAUGAAUUUUCUAAUUUAACAGUACUUUUGGACAAUUGGCGAUUAAAGACUGUGACACGCAUUUAAGACUCGUUCAAUGGCUGUAUCGUUUACUGCUGAAUAAACUUACUAAGGACGCAAUGUGGCAAGACUGCUGGGAUCGUCUGACUGAUCCUAUUCUACUGAAGAUUUUAUAUUAUUUGUCUCCGAAAGAUAUUUUGAACGCCGGAACCACGUGUUCAAAUUGGAAUAGAAUCUGUUACGACGAAUUCCUGUGGCAUUAUCAGUUUUGCAAGCAUUUCAAGUUGGAUUAUGAUACUGAAUUGAAACCAGGACAAACUUCAUGGUAUGAAGAAUUCAAACGACUUACUUUUCACGCACCUUUGGUGGAAACAGAAAUUUUGAAAUCUCAUUCUGAACCCGUUCUGUAUGUUACUUUCUCUCACGAUGGAAAGUAUUUCGUUACUUGUUCCAUGGAUGGAUUCGUUCUUGUUUGGAAUUCAACGUAUCCGUGUAACAUAAAGUAUGCUUAUGAUAUGAAAGUAUUCAGUUGGAAGUACACCCAGUAUGCUGAAUUUAACGAAACAGAUACCUUACUUUUAGUAUCUGGAGUACAUUUCGGUGAAAAUGAAGACACAUCGGGUGAAAUAGCUGUUUUCUCUCUGGAAGAUGGGAUGUCGUUAAUCUGCCGGAUACUAAAUAAACCAUUCGACAUAUUCGGUACAUUCUACAACGAUGAGUAUAUUUUUUCAGGCCAAGUUAAGCAAAUAGCCAACUUAAUUUGUUCGUGUAGUAUUUGGAUUCAUAAGGCUUACGCUGAUGUUACAUCAGAGCAAAAGCCCUUGAUGAGUUUGCUAUUCCGUUUCAUGAAUGUAAAUGCGAGUUUCAUUCGUACGCUUUUGGUUGCGAAAUGUAGAUCGGACGUUUCUGCACUUCCUGGUACUUCCGGCGUAUCUUCUAUAAGUCGAGAAACAGCCGGAGAACCGAAUUCCAAACUGUUCAAGCCAUAUAAAAAAAAUAUGCCACCGUCAUUCUUUUACGAGAAAAAUUACAAAAGUGUAGAAGUCACUGAUAAACAUAAUUCAGAUACAGAAUGCACCAUGUCGGAAAGUACAGCUCCUUCUGACAUUUCAUCAGAGAAUGACGAAGAACUGGAUACUGAUACUGAUGACGAUCUGGCAUCGCAACCUGAAAAAUAUCUCAUUUUUACUACCGGCUCUAAAACUAACAUUCCGCAUCAAAUAGGUAUUAAACGUAUCGGCCAAGUAACUUUUCCAAAGAAAUUAGACCCGGGUCCUUCGGUAAUGGAAAGAAUAGCAUGUAGAGAACGCGCAAAUCGACCCUAUGAUGGUCUCUAUGGCUCGUCAUCAGACCCUUUGCGUAUGGGUAAAAAUUACGACUCAGUUGAUCAUCUUAUAGAAUUACACGGUCACGUUAUUGGAAUGAAGUUAUCCCCUGAUCAUCGGUAUUUGUACGUGAACUGUAGACCGUGGCCGGAAGAUUACAUUAUCAGUAAUCCGCUGGAUUCCCCUCCUAUCGCGCAAGAAAUCGAUAUCCAUGUUAUUGAUCUAACAACCUUCAAAGAAGUGGGCAAAAUGCUCCGAACUCGUAGAGUUUAUACACCGGGAGACGAAUGUUUUCUCAUAUUUCUAGACGUUAGUAACGAUUACGUCGCGAGUGGAUCUCAAGACAAACACGGAUAUCUAUGGGAUCGUCACUAUGGCAUCGGUUUAGCAAAAUUUGCUCACGGUGACAUCGUCAAUAGCGUUGCAUUUAAUCCCAAAGAUCCAGAAAUGCUUAUCUCCGUGUCUGACGAUGGUCUAAUUAAAGUAUGGCGUUCACGUGCUCAAAAAUCUCAACUGUUUACUGAUAUAAGCGAAUGUCCCAAAACUGUUGAAAUAUCCCCGAAACGACGAGUGCUGGGAACUCGAAUCGUAAAAAAUUUUCGCGUCAUAAUGUGACCUCUUGAUUGUUACCUAUAUACCUAUUAUUACUUUUUCAACGUUUGCAAUCAUGUUUCAGAAUAAAUAUACGAAUUAUUUAUUUGA